AUUGUCUAAAGAGUUAUCGCAUGUUCACACUUGGACGAUUGAUCAGAUCUACAAGUACUUCAAAUAUCAUCGCAAAGAGGCCUUUGAGACUACAACGCGUGUCAUUUGUCAGACCUUUUACACAUAUUCCCUACUCCAGCAUGGCGACUUCGAAAAUCAAUAAAUGGGUGGAUGAGAACCAAUCUCACCUCAUUGACAGACUGGCCAAGGCUGUCGGCAUCCCUUCAGUCUCUGGCAAUAUUGCCUACAUCAAGGAUGUCGAGCGCAUGGCCGAGUUCCUGAUCGAGCAAUUGACUGAACUCGGGGUCAAAGCGGAGACACGACCAGUUGGAAAGCACCAGCUUGACGGCAAGGAAGUCGACCUCCCGCCCGUCGUCAUUGGACAUAUCGGAAACGACCCCAACAAGAAAACCCUUCUGAUUUACGGUCACUACGAUGUCCAACCUGCUCUCAAGGAGGAUGGAUGGAAGUUUGACCCCUUCACUCUCACAGUCGACCCUGAGGGUUCUGGGAAAUUGUACGGACGAGGAUCAACCGAUGACAAGGGUCCUGUUCUUGGAUGGCUGAACGCUCUUGAAGCUCACAAGGAAACUGGAACGGAACUGCCUGUCAACCUCAAAAUGAUCUUCGAGGGUAUGGAGGAGAAUGGCUCUGAUGGUCUUGACAAGUUUAUCGAGUCCGAGAAGGAUAAGUUCUUCGCCGGAGUAGACUGCAUGUGUAUCUCGGACAACUACUGGCUCGACACCAAGACCCCUUGCUUGACUUACGGUCUGCGAGGAAUCAACUACUACGAAAUUAGAAUCUCUGGACCUGAUAGAGAUCUCCACUCCGGUGCUUUCGGGGGAGCCAUUCACGAGCCGAUGACUGAUUUAAUCAGCCUCAUGUCCAAGCUCGUUUCGCCUCAGGGAGAGAUCCUUAUUCCCGGAGUCAAGGACCUCAUUGCUCCUGUGACCAAAGACGAACAGGAGAAAUUCGAGGCGAUUCACUUUGAGAUGAAAGAUAUCCACGAUGCUAUUGGAGGAGACGUGACCUUGACCAAUGACACUGUCAAGACUUUGAUGGGCCGAAUGAGAAACCCCAGUCUGUCCUUGCACGGUAUCGAGGGAGCCUUCUCUGCCGUCGGAUCAAAGACCGUCAUUCCAUGCUCUGUCAAGGGCAAGUUCUCUAUCCGUCUUGUCCCCAAUCUCGGGAUUAAGAACACUACCGACUUGGUCAUCAAAUACGUCAACGACGAGUUCAUGAAGCUUGGAUCUAAGAAUAAGUGUCAGGUCGUUCUGACACAUGGAGGAGAGCCCUGGAUCACCGACCCAAACCACUACUCUUUCAGGGCCGCUCACAAAGCCACUGAAACCGUCUGGGGACAAGCGCCAGACUACACCAGAGAGGGAGGAUCCAUUCCGAUCACAUUGGAGUUCGCCAACAUUCUCGGCGUCAACAUUUGUCUGUUGCCUGUCGGACGUGGAGAUGACGGUGCGCACUCGACAAACGAAAAGUUGGACACGUCAAACUACAUUCAGGGCACAAAAUUGUUCGCAGAAUAUAUGCACAACCUUGCUGCCGAGCAGGCGUAGAGUUGGAUACAUUUUUGCCCAGACGCAUGCAAAAGAUGCAUGAUAUCGCUGAUG